CAGGCAGCUGUAAACUCAGCGGCAGUUACAUCAUUCUUCUCAUUGCCACUCCACCAGGGACACAUUUUUCAUUCAUAAAGGUGUACUACUAUAAUCACUGCAUCUUUGCAGACACUCUCAAGGAAAGGAUUUUGCUUGUCAUAAACUGGGAUUUGGUAUUUCAAGAGGACAGUGACGGCGAAGAAUCAACAUUUUUAAAUACAGCACUCGCAUCAACAACAGUUUUGUGGGAUCCGCAAUAUCUAAAACGUGUGGGAUAUUUCCAAGAGAAGAUGCCGGCAGACAUGAUGGAGAAAACCUCCUCUUCCCCAGUUGCUGCCACCCCUGCGAGCAUGAACACAACACCCGAUAAACCCAAGACGGCUUCGGAGCAUAGAAAGUCAUCUAAGCCAAUUAUGGAAAAAAGGAGAAGAGCGCGAAUCAACGAAAGCCUGGGCCAGUUGAAAACGCUGAUCUUGGACGCGCUCAAGAAAGAUAGCUCCAGGCACUCAAAGCUGGAAAAAGCGGACAUCCUUGAAAUGACGGUUAAGCAUCUCAGAAACCUGCAGAGAGUGCAGAUGACUGCUGCUUUAAACACGGACCCCACUGUCCUCGGGAAGUACAGAGCAGGAUUCAGUGAGUGUAUGAAUGAAGUCACCCGGUUCCUGUCCACCUGCGAAGGGGUUAACACCGAGGUCAGGACUCGGCUUCUCGGUCACUUAGCCAGCUGCAUGACACAAAUCAACGCCAUGAACUACCCCACCCAGCACCAGAUCCCUGCCGGCCCUCCUCAUCCGGCAUUCGGUCAGCCCAUGGUGCAGAUUCCCAACGCGGCGCCGCAAGGCAACGUAAUGCCCCUAAAUGGAGUGCCUUGCAAAGGUGGCUCCUCGACCAGUUUACCAUCAGAAGCAACAAAGGUGUACGGCGGGUUCCAGCUUGUCCCGGCAACGGAUGGACAAUUCGCCUUUUUGAUUCCGAAUGCGGCUUUUGCACCAAAUGGACCAGUUAUUCCCGUGUAUGCCAACAACGUCAGCACAACGGUUCCAGUGGCGGUCUCUCCUGGCGCGCCGUCAGUGACCGCAGACUCUGUGUGGAGACCCUGGUAGAGAGAAGGCCCGUUACUAAGACUUUGAAAUUUGAAGAUUAGAUUAUUCUUGAAAUGUUACGAGAUUCUGAAAUGUUGUUUUUUUUGUAUGAAAAUGUAUAAAAGAGAAGAUGCUGCACUAUAUUUGUAUAUA